AUUAUGCGAACUCAGACCCGGCUGUCGUGAAAUCUGGACGGGUGAAGAAAGCUGUGGCCAACGCAGUGCAGCAGGAAGGGACAAGGUGGGGGUGGCUGCUGUGAGAUGAAUGGGAUGGAAUCUCUCUGGCAAGAUUACGAUGCAGCGUGACUCAGUGUGAACAGCCUUGCUGAGCUUUCCUUCCUAGAGUGUGACUGCCUUCUUCUGAACCCUUCCCUGAGUCUUGAUUAGUUGUCAUCUCUUGCUUGGCUGUAUUUGAUGUCACAACUGCCAUGUGUUGCCGUCUGCUUCUAUUUGGUUUUGCCUGCAUAAGGUUGUAUGUAGAGUAAAAUCCCUCUGUGGUUUGGAAGCUUCUUGUGUUCCUUCUGAGGAAGUUCUCUCCAUGUCAGGAGAGUCUUGUGACAGCAGUGAUGAAAUGGAUACAAAGGAAAGUAUCAGUGGGCGAACUGCAUCCAGAAAAAAGAAGAGCAAAAGACACAAAGAAAAUCCUGAUGGUGAUGGUGGAGAGGAAUACCCCAUUGAUAUCUGGCUGCUGUUGGCUUCCUACAUUCGCCCUGAGGACAUUGUCCGGUUCUCUUUGAUUUGCAAGAAAGCCUGGACUGUUACUUGCACUGCUGCCUUUUGGACCAGACUCUACAGAAGGCACUACAGUCUGGAUGCAUACCUGCCCCUCCGCUUGCGGCCCGAGUCCAUGGAGAAGCUGCACUGCCUCCGUGCGUGCGUCAUCCGGUCGCUGUACCACAUGUAUGAGCCUUUUGCAUCUCGAGUCUCCAGGAACCCAGCUAUUCCAGACAGUACUCCCAGCACUUUAAAGAAUUCCAGAUGUCUGCUUUUCUGGUGCAAAAAGAUUGAAGGGAACAGACAAGAAGCAAUGUGGGAAUUCAACUUCAAGUUCAAAAAGCAGUCUCCCAGAUUUAAGAGCAAAUGUUCCAAAGGUCUUCAGCCACCUAUUCAGUAUGAAGAAGUCCAUACAAACCCUGACCAGGAUUGCUGUCUGCUGCAGAUCACCACCUUUAACUUCAUAUUCGUGCCAAUAGUCAUGGGUAUGACGUUUACCUUGUUCACCAUCAACGUGAGCACAGACAUGAGGCAUCAUCGCGUGCGGCUGCUCUUCCAGGAUGCCCCUGUUCACAAUGGCAAGAAGCCACGACUCGACCAAGGAGUGCAGGUGGUGCUGGACCCCGUGCACAGCGUCCGGCUGCUGGAUUGGUGGCACCCUCAGUACCCCUUCUCCCCAAAAGCUUAGUGCUCCCUGCACCGCAGCAGUGACCCGUCUGGCAGGCUGAAGGAAAUUCCCAGGAACCAGGAAAUCCUAUUAUUUUUCUUAAAUAAAUUCUGCAGCCUCCUUGAGAGAGUGGUUGAAGCUACUGAGCUGGUGUGUAUGUAUAUAACUUCUGGUCGGUGUUGAGCAGAGCUGAGUGUAAAGCAGAAACUAUUUGUAAAACACUUUUAUGUAAAAUUCACGUUUUAUGAUUUGAAAGGAGCUCCCUGGAACUGUUCAUUUAAAAUCCUUUUGGUGCUAAU